AUGAGGAAUGAAAUCUGUUCCCUGGCAUUUGUCCGGGCAGUGUUUGCAGAGUUUCUUGCCACCUUAUUAUUUGUAUUUUUGGGAUGUGGUUCAGCACUCAACUGGCCAUCAUCUCUUCCAAGUGUCCUUCAGAUUUCGUUAGCCUUUGGCCUUGCUAUUGGUACCCUUGUACAAACUUUUGGACAUGUUAGUGGAGCCCAUAUAAAUCCAGCUGUCACUAUAUCAUUCCUCGUUGGGUCCCAUAUUUCCAUUUUGCGUGCCACAUUUUAUAUUAUUGCUCAACUUGUGGGGGCAAUAGCAGGAGCGGGUAUUUUGUAUGGAGUUGUUCCACCAAGCAUCAGAGGCAAUCUAGCCAUAAAUGCGGUGUCUAAUGGGACCUCAGGACAAGCAUUCGCUGUUGAACUGAUAUUGACGUUCCAGCUUGUUGUUUGUAUUUUUGCUUCAACGGAUAGCAGAAGAAAUGACAAUGUAGGAUCACCAGCUUUAUCAAUUGGACUUUCUGUUACUUUGGGACACCUUUUGGGGAUCUACUUCACUGGGUGUUCCAUGAAUCCUGCCCGAUCUUUGGGACCCUCUGCUGUAACUGGAGACUUUAGUGAUCAUUGGGUAUUUUGGAUUGGACCCAUUGUAGGAGGAGUUCUGGCAUCUCUCAUGUACAACUAUCUGCUUUUUCCAUACAACAGAAGCGUCUCUGACAAAAUUGCCAUCCUUAAAGGUACAUAUGAGCCAGAGGAAGAGGCAUGGGAAAACAAACAGGAGCAUAAAAGGCAGUCUGUGGAGUUAUACUCUGCACACCCACUGCCCAAGGCCACCGAGAAAUUCUGA